GACUGGAGCUGGAGAGUGAGGGUGUCGUGAAAAAUUGAUCAGCGGUGACUGCUGUGGUGUUGGUGUGUUGUGGUUCAGGUUCCUUAUUAUGAACUUGAUCAUAGACUUGUUGUGAACGUUGACCCUGUAUUCAUUGUGUUUUUAUUGUUGAAACAGCACAAGCUUGGAGGCUUGUGCGACGCGCCUGGCGAUCGAGGACCAAAGUUGAAGUGAGAGGUGUUUUUGAAAGUCUCGAAGCUAAUGUGAGCGGUGACGGACAUCUUUUAAAGAAUUUCCAAAGAUCAGAGUCCGGUGAUACACGUUUGUGCGUCAGCUCCCUUGUGUGCCAUAGAACAACAAGAAUAAGGAUGUCUGGAAUCCAGCAAGUCUGCAGAUUGCUGUCCAGGCAGAGCAUGACCAAAAUCGCCUUCACAGGAAAGGUGUCCGCGCCGCUGCAGUGUGUCCGUCUGCUCAGCUCUCAGCCGGGCGGCCCGGGCGCGCUGCCCACGGAGCCCACGGUGGGCCCGCCGCCCGAUCAGCUGGAUACCACCCCGGUCAAGCGCUCCAUCUCGCCCUCACUGGCCGAAGACGGAUUUUUGAUACGUGUGGAGGUGGCCUACUCGCGCGGCUUGCCGCAGAUCACCGUGCCGCUGCCGUCGCGGCGGGAAAAGUGCCGCUUCACCCUGAAACCCAUCAGUAACACGGUGGGCGACUUUAUCGACCAGCUGCACACUGAGGACCGCGGCAUCGACCGCGUGGUGCUGCGGACACUGCGCGGGACGCGGAUCGCAACCAGCGACAGCAUCGAGGCGCUGAUGGAGGAGGACUUUGAGCUCAUCAUCAACGACGACGUCUACCACGUCAAGACGCCAGAGCUGGAGCGGCCCUCGCAGGAGGAGCUCACCACGCUCUCCAACGUGCGGAACCUGGUGUCGCAGCUGUACGAGGCGCUCAACGUGGAGGAGCACCAGCUGAAAAAGGAGCGCGAGAUCCUGGCCAAGCUGGAGGACCUCAAGGUGCAGCUGGCGCCCAUGGAGAAGAAGAAGAAGGAGCUGGAGGAGGCGUGCCACCGGCGGACCAACCUGCAGACCUGGCUGGGCCUCGGCCUGAUGGGCGUCCAGUUCGGGAUCCUGGCGCGGCUGACCUGGUGGGAGUACUCGUGGGACAUCAUGGAGCCCGUCACCUACUUCGUCACCUACGGCACCGCCAUGGCCGCCUACGGUUACUUCGUCAUCACCAAACAGGACUACGUGCUUCCCGACGUCAAGGACCGCUCCUUCCUGCUGUCCUUCUACAAGAAGAGCCGCAAGUCCGGCCUGGACGUACAGGCCUACAACGAGCUGCGGGACUCCAUCUACCGGCUGGAGCAGGACCUGCGGCGGCUGCGGGACCCACUGCAGAUCCACCUGCCGCCCGCCCACCUGGAGAAGCCGCUCAACACCCAGUUCAGUCUCAACUCGCUGCUCUCGUUGCUCAAGAGCAAGCCGGAGCGUAACGACAAGGCCACCUGAGGGCCGCCGGCGCGCUAGGCUAGAACCAAGGCGCGGGCCGGCUCCGCCUCUGCCAGAGACUGUCUGCCGCUGGGGCGGGGCUCCCGUGCUGCCAGAGACUGUGUGCCGGCCGGUGUCAGACUGUCCGCGCGUGUGCCGGCCGGUGUGAGAGACCGUAAGGUCCGGACUCCGGUGUGUCAGUCUGGGGCAGUGAGGGCCGGACUCCGGUGUCAGUCUGGGGCAGUGAGGGUCGGACUCCGGUGUCAGUCUGGGGCAGUGAGGGCCGGACCCCGGUGUGUCAGUCUGGGGCAGUGAGGGCCGGACCCCGGUGUCAGUCUGUGCUGCAGUCUGGGGCGGUGACCUCACAGACUGGUGUCUGUUCUGAGGGCGCUGCUGGCGCACAGUCCAAUGUCGAGCCACGCGAGUGCAGGUCGCGGGCGGCGCAGUCCCGGCCACUGACAGGGUGUUACGCUCGGUUACGUCUCCUCUAAUAUGCGGCCCUGCGGUGGGCGGUAUGAGCUGGUUUUAGGUCGUCACCUCUCGGUGUUUUUAUAGUCUCGUCCUGCAGUCUGUUGUCGGAGGGUGUAUGCGCGGUACGGUGCGGUGUUGGGUCGGUGUCUGUCCGUCUCUGUACCUCCUGUGUGGUCUGGGACGGCUGGUGACCCGCCCCCGCCGCCUCUGGCUGUGUGUCUGUGUGUGUCCGCGUGAACAGGGUCCUGUCCGCUGCCCGCCUCCGGCAGCGGCGUGUUAUUACUCCCCGGACACAAUCGUUUUCUGUUUCUUAGGUCAUGACAUGAAUGAAUUACCAGUUAUUGACCAUAUUCUGAUUGAUAUCACUAUUGACUGCGCAGUGUUUUACGACUAUAAGUGAUUUAGCUGGGUGCCGGUUACCCGUUGACUGCUGGGCUGACGGUCGUGUUCGCGGUGGAAUGGAGCGGUGCGGUGGCCGGCCGGGCUGCCGGGGAUGUGAUCCGCUCAGCCGGUCGGCCGGGCUGCCGGUGAUGUGAUCCGCUCAGCCGGACGGUAGGGCUGCCUCUGUGGGGCCCGCGGCGGCUACAGCCGGCCGGCCGGGCCUCCCCGGUCCGGCGGUCCAGCCUGUCCCGUUCCCCGCGGGCAGGGUCCUCCCGCUCCUGAUGAACGGACCCUCACACCUAGCGGGGACCCUCACACCUAAAGGGAUCCUUACACACACCGGGCCCUCCCCGUCACUGUCCGCUGCCCAGCCUCGGUCAAUUGAUAUCCCUUGAGACUCGACAGGUUUGAUCGUAUAUGACCAUAUAACCCUCGAUAGCCUCGUGGGUUUCCGUAGCUUCCAUGCAACUAUGUACGUAUAUCCCGGUUCCCUCCCGGCUGCCAGUCUGGCGUCGGCUGAACUCCUCCAUAACGCCCCUUCCGCGCCCGGCCGUGUCGGCCGCCGCCGCUGCGUGCCUGCUCCCGAGCCGUGUUCCUAGUGUGUCUGCCGUCUUCUUGUGUCUGCCGCACUACCACCAUGUCUAUUGUCUGUGCUGUGUCUGUUGUGUCUAUUGUGUCUGUGCUGUGUUCCUCUCACGUGCGGCGCUCAGUCAGGACGCCGUGCUCCCGUUCUCCGCUCGCUCCGAAAGGCUCCGGCUGGCCUCCCGGGGACCCGGCUGGCCGGCCGCUCCACAGCAGACCACCCAGUCUUUCCGCCGUCAGGUUUCUCUCGCCGGCUGAGUUACCCCUGUACUGGGUUGGCGCUACAGUUCAUGAUCCCUUGUGUGCGGUGUAAUUUUGGACGGCAAUGGGGUGUUCUGCGCGGCAUUUUAGCGGUCAGCCGAGAGAUAUCCUUUCAAUUGGGACCCGCGAUCAGUCUGUGCUCAGCGCUGUCUCCGAUCAGUUGUUGGUUCUGCGUUGUGACGGGGCGCCCGGGGCAAGUGUUGAUUGUUGCGACUGGCGGUCUCUGAUGGACUCGGUGAGUGGAGAGCGAAUUUUGGCGGAGAGAAAUGUGCAGGGGAAAGGCGAUUGAUGUGUGAAAUGUGACCUCCGGGUGAUCGGUGUGUGACGUGUGACCCCGGUGAUGGAUGUGUGACUCCGGGUGAUCGGUGUGGGACGUGUGACCCCGGUGAUGGAUGUGACUCCGGGUGAUCGGUGUGUGACGUGUGAUCCCGGGUGACCGGUGCGGAGUUAAGGCAGGUUUGAUGUGUGCUUCCCGUGCGUUACGGAGCGGUGAGCAGCUGAGCCAAUCAGGCUGUCUGGUACGCGUGAUAUGCGACUGUCUGGCGCGGUGAUGCGGCGUGUGCGGUACGAGGCCAGUCCCGGUUGAGGACCGGGCAGUAAGUCAAGAGUGGCCCGGCCCGGGGGACCGUCUCUGUGUUUUGGGACGGCGCCCGGCCCGAGGGAUCGUCUCCGUGUGUGUGUGUGUGUGUGUGUGUGUGUGUGUGUGUGUGUGUGUGUGUGUGUGUGUGUGUGUGUGUGUGUGUGUGUGUGUGUGUGUGUGUGUGUGUGUGUGUGUGUGUGUGUGUGUUAGGACGGCGCCCGACCGCCCGCCUCGCCGCGCCACUACCGGCCCCGCCGGCGUCUGUUGUCCGUUACGCCGAGACUGCUCAAGCGGGCCCGCUCGUUAUAGGAGGUUCUGUCCGUUAUGGGAGGGCCUGUUCGUUAUUGGAGGGCCUGCCGGUUGUAAGGCGCGGGCCCGCCCGUUAUAGGCGGCGGGCCUGUCCGUAGGAGGCGGCGCUGCCCGCCGGCGUAUGCGCAGUCUGUGGUGUUGGUCCGCUCUGCCGCCGGAGGAAGUCGUACCAGGCCGGACGCUGGCCGGUCCCGCGCCGUCGGACCGCCGCACAGUGUGGCCAAACACCAGUUUAGCGCGAAUUUAAUCCCAGCGCUGCUCGGAUCCGUUGAAAAUGGUUCGCUGGUUUCAAAAUUGACACUUAAACCUAUGUGAGACCCUUUACGAUGCAUCAUAAAUGCUUGCUGACAAAUAGGUAAUGGCAUAGUUCCGCCUCUAAAAGUAAGGAGAACUAGCUUACGACGGGUGAUGUGCUUACCAGGGCUGUGAAGUCGAUGGAGUUACUCCGACUCCGACUACGGCUUUCAAACGUCAAUUUCAACUUUGACUCCGGGCAAAACUGUCGACUUAUACGAUCAACUCGGACUCUGACUCCGCAGCCAUGGCAAGUUCACGCAGUCGAUGGAUUUUCGGUGACUCAAGACUACGAGUCUUGGUCCGGAUUCCAAAAUCGAUUCCGAUUCCGACUCUGACUGGGGUCAGAACUGUUGACUCCGAGCGACUCCGACUCUGAUUACGAAAUCCUGGAAUUUAACCGCAAAUAAGAGGCAUAAAAUUGUGGGUCCCAGCAAUGAUGGGCAUGUUAGGAGGAGGAAUCGUUUACGAAAUUUCCAUCAUUUCUCUGGUAAAUUCUUAUGAUUGUCCAAAGUUUGCUUGAAAAAGAUCAACAUCUAAUUAUGUUUCUGUGUGAAUGUUCCUGGUGAAGCACGUGAAUCGGUAGACGGUUGCUGAACUACAUACACGUACCGAUAGGAUUGAACCUCAGCAAUGGGAGUAAAAACAAAGACUUACACCAUAAGCACCUUCAUGUCAUUAACCCUCGGCGGUAUUGGUGUUUUGCUAGCCGCGAACGUAGGUCGGGUCAGGUCAGGUUAGGCCAACCAGUCCUGCCGGGUAUUCAUAAUUAAUAGGUGUCAACUGUCAACCGCCAGUGACAGCUUCGUUGCAUGUUACGAAGGUACCAAAACGUCUUCCUAAAUGUUCAAAUGGUUACUAAAUUCGAAAUCAGCUCCAAAAACUAGCCUGGAAGCAUGUAAAACUAAAAAAGGUGAACCGAGCUCAUCAAAGGUCAUUGAACUGACCUGACCUUCAAGUGAUCUUGUCACUGACCAUAAUGCAUGGGACGAACAUCAUAAUAUCACAUGUUAAGACGCUUGAAACCACGAAAAGACUGCAAACGCGCGGCUAAUGCAAGCAAACAUACACCCAAUCGCGAUUCCGGCCAAACACGGUCUCGAGAAAUAGGUCACAGGUCAAAGGUCAUUGGGGUCAGGGUCGUGAAAUUUAAAGGUUAGGUGUAAAAUUGAUAAACUCGAGGGUACUGAAAGUUUCGUCGCGAUUGGCCGCUUUUUACAUGAGCUUUUUGCGAAAAACCGAGAGGGGUCCUUUCGACCCCCACCCUCACCCCCUAUAUGGGCGAGGGUUAAAAAUUGCCAAGAUUUAUUCAUUGGCGACCGUAUUCUGCAAUAUAACAAGUCAGAAAUACAGCGGUUGAGCCAUCCGCGUAACACGUUACGGAGCCGCCGCCGCGCCCACCCUGUAGCCGGACCUCCCCGGGCGGCCCAACCCGAUACGUUCAAAGCUGAGCCAAAGGCCGGGGGGCAGGUUGGGGCAGGGUUUCUUGAAUGGAUCAUGUCCAGAAAAGUGUGGCGAAUCUUCUCAUGGUAGAUUUGGCGUGGAGUUUUUUGGCCAUUUUCUUAUAUCUCUACGUUUUUAAGAUGGACAGUGUUUUCAGGGGAUGUCUGAAAAGGUCAUUUUCAAAUGAGUAUAGCUCAUCGGUUAGUCCAAGGAUAACUAUAGAAUUCGGGUAUACUAUCAAAUAUAGGCUCAGUAGUCAUAUGCCAAUCCAAUUAUUCCCGAACCUUUCCGACAAUUACGCCAAAAUGUGUUGUUAACGUGACGCGGGUUUUCGACGAUUUCAGCACAGCCGGGACCGGCAUUGCGUAUGUCCACUUUAGCUAGCUUUUUGGACACCGAAGGGAAGACAUUGAACCAAAGUAUUGUGCUAUUGACAUACUUUGGACAAUUUCCUAUCGACUGAUAGUUAUAAAAAGUCAAAAUUCCAAAAUUCGUUUUUUGAUUUAAUUCGCGCUAAUCUGGCGUUUGGCCACACUGUGCGCCGGACCACGGACCGCGGACCGGGGACGGCGCGCCACUGUUAACCCCGAGCUUCCAGUGUCCGCGGCUUCAUCCGACAACCGCCGGGCGGAUCGUGCGGGCACUCCGUGCCGUGAAAACUCUGUCACUGUAAAGGAUCGAACCCGCGAAUCCACGUGUCGCUCUGCCGGUCUGAUUGGCUCACGGACGCUGCCGCCGCGCUCUGAUUGGCCGAGGGAGCUGGCACCGCGCGGUGAUUGGCCGGCCGGCGCGAGGUCGUCAGGUGAUUGGCUGGUUGGUGUGACCAUGUUACGGCAGUGGGUUUCCGUUCGGUGAAUACAUUGGGCGAGAUUCGUA